CAAACGAAGAGAAAUAACUUGGAAUUUGAUGGACAGGUGAAAAUAAAAAUAAAUUGAUGAAGCAGCCGGAAUAUAUGUUAUGGUGAAGGGAUUUUUUUUUGAGAUUGUGGUCAAAUGUGGCGCCGGUGUUCCUUUUAUCUCUGCCGGUUUUACUCUGAUGGUAAAUUCACUGAUUUGUUGCGCUCGCGCGGUUUUUUCCACCGAAGACGCGAGUAAACGGGUGGUUAACGUCCUCGGUUUGUGAAUUUUCGUACAAAAUUAUAUUUAAGUUGAUCAAUUAGGGGGACUAAUCCUCCACUCUCUGUAAAAAAAAAAUUGUCAACCCUGGAGUAAUAUUUGGUAACGCAAAAAUAAAGGAGCAAAAUUUUAACACCCUUAAUUGAAAAAUCAGUCAAGUGAAGGUGAACGGUUGAAAUUAUAACAUUAUCGUAGCAUCUGAGGAUUUGAGUUGGGAUAAUGGCAGUGUGUUGACAUUUAAUUCACCGAGGAGAUUGUAAUUAAUUAGCAAUAAAGAAGUUUGUGGAAAAAAAUGGCCAAUAUUGCUGCACAGAGGAUAAAAAGGGAGUUCAAAGAGGUUAUAAAAAGCGAAGAGGUAGCCAAAUGUGCGAUUAGAGUUGAACUUGUUAAUGACAGUUUUACGGAGCUCAAGGGAGAAAUCGCUGGACCACCCGAUACACCUUAUGAAGGGGGUAACUUCGUGUUGGAGAUUAAAGUACCAGAAACUUAUCCAUUCAAUCCUCCAAAGGUACGUUUUAUCACCAAGAUAUGGCACCCCAAUAUAUCAUCGGUAACAGGAGCCAUUUGUCUAGAUAUCCUUAAAGAUCAAUGGGCAGCGGCUAUGACCCUACGAACAGUCCUGCUAUCUUUGCAAGCCUUAUUAUCAGCAGCGGAGCCAGACGAUCCCCAGGACGCUGUGGUAGCUAGACAAUUCAAAGAAAAUCCUGACAUGUUUCGUCAAACGGCCAGACAUUGGACGUCUGUCUACGCAGGAGGGCCAGCAAAGAUGCCAGAGCUGACCGAUAAGAUAAGAAGACUAACGGACAUGGGAAUUGAGGAGCAUAAUGCACGAGUAGCACUAUCCUCAUUCAACUGGGACUUGGAACGUGCCACUGAACAACUCUUCAGUUAGUGAUAGUACAAGGAAUAAAACUUGAACUCACCCAGUCCAUCAUCCCCUUUCCCCAUUAUUCAAAGUUAAAAAUCAUCAGUUAAUUGAUAAAAGACGCAGAGCGUCUCUCGUCCACCGAAAUAAAAUUCAAGCUUAAAGACAAUAUUACCACAGAGUUUAAAAAAAGGGAAAUUCAACUAUGAACUAUUAAAAACAAACGGAAUUAUCAGUGAAUAAAUUUUUUUGUAUAGUAGGCAUGAAUCCUGAAUAAAGCAGCUUGGAACGACGGUCGCAAGGAACACUCAAAGCCAAUUGCCGAUAUUCUCUUUUGGUCGCGAAAUCUAUUACGUACUCCUUUGAAGAACAAAUUGUGUAUAUUUCAUGGAAAAACAAUCGUGAUUCUUUUAGUGCUAGUUACAACCAUGUAUAAACUAUUACCGCAGUUUAUGAACUUUUAAAUAUAAACGGAAGAAAUGAUUUGUAUAUUUUUUUUUUGUGUUUGCUUGGUGCUAGUCCAGAGAACACGUGCAUUUAGGGGAGAUUCGACCGGAGAAAAAUCCAUUCAUAUUUUCAUAUUACAUACUCGGAACCAAUUCAUCAUAUUUCUAUUCAAUUUUUCUGUUCGACUGAAUGAAUUGUGUUUUUCAAGCAAUGAACAUGAAAAAUAAUUGAUAAGUCUUCGAAUCAGUCUCUGAAUCAAUUAAUUGUCGAUUUCUUUGAUCUUUAUUCUCAUAUUAUACGAUGGCUGAUUUCAGCCUGAUUUUUUCAUCAUCUGCUGGAAGUGAGCAUCAGACUAUUGAAUAAAUAAAUCUUUUUAAAUUGGA